CUUGGAGGUUAUUUUUUUCCACCAGCGUUUCUGCCUUCACGUUCAUUUCAAAGGAGACCCGGCCAGAUCCAUUUAUUUCAUUUCAGCGUCUCGUUCCGGGGAGAAUGGGCUGAGUUAUGUCCUGCGCUUCGCCUGUGUCUGUUGAAGGAAGCCGUGCAGUUUGCCAUUGCGUGUAGGUGGAUGAUUUCAGCGUGAUUUCUGGAGCGAUGUCCAAUAUUAUCUAUAGGAUGUUUGGCGCAGAUGGAGCCCACAGCCCGGACAGACUCAAUCAGUUUGAGCGGCUGUCUGGAAGGCCUCCGCUAAGAGCCGCAGGUCACAGAGCUCCUCCGGCCCGGAGCGGCCAUCGAUGUGUGGCUGACAACACCAACCUUUAUGUGUUUGGAGGCUACAACCCCGACUAUGAUGAAUCUGGCGGCUCCGAAAACGAGGAUUACCCACUGUUCAGGGAGCUGUGGAGGUUUCACUUCGCCACAGGGACAUGGCAACAGAUCCGCACAGAGGGUUUCAUGCCCACCGAACUGGCUUCGAUGUCAGCUGUUUUGCACGGAAACAACCUGCUUGUAUUCGGCGGGACUGGAAUCCCAUUUGGGGAAAACAAUGGAAAUGACGUUCACGUCUGCAAUGUUAAAUACAAACGAUGGUCCCUCCUCAACUGCAGGGGCAAGAAACCCAAUCGAAUAUAUGGACAGGCGAUGGCCAUAAUCAGCGGCUUUCUAUAUGUAUUUGGAGGCACAACAGGCUACAUCUACAGCACAGAUCUCCACAGAUUGGACCUGACAACACGUGAGUGGAUCCACUUGAAGCCAAACAACCCUCCAGAUGACCUGCCUGAGGAACGAUACAGGCAUGAGAUUGCUCAUGAUGGACAGAGGAUAUAUAUUCUGGGAGGAGGAACUUCCUGGACUUCUUACCCAUUAGACAAGAUACACGCAUAUAAUCUUGAAACAAAUUCCUGGGAGGAAAUCACAACAAAGCCUCAUGAAAGAAUAGGAUACCCGGCGCCUCGGAGGUGUCAUAGUUGUGUGCAGAUUAAAAAUGAUGUAUUUAUUUGUGGAGGGUAUAAUGGUGAAGUAAUCCUGGACGACCUGUGGAAAGUCAACCUGCAGACGUUCCAGUGGCAUAAACUCCCAGCAGUGAUGCCUGAACCUGCAUACUUCCACUGUGCUGCUGUUACCCCGGCCGGUUGCAUGUACAUCCACGGUGGUGUGGUAAACAUCCACGAGAAUAAGCGGACUGGUUCAUUGUUUAAGAUCUGGCUGGUGGUGCCCAGCCUGCUGGAGCUGUGCUGGGAGCGUCUGCUCAAGGCCUUCCCUCACCUGGCCCAACUCACCCCCAUACAGCUGCUAAACUUGGGCCUCACCCAGGAACUCAUUGAACGCUUAAAAUAAACAGGCGGCAGCUGCAAGUGCAAGAGAGACCGAUUGUGUACCUACUACAUGUGUACAUUUUUUAAAUUUAACUUCAGAGUUUUGUUUUUCGAAGCUGAGCAUUGGCAGGACGACGGCACUUCAAGCCAACAUGUGGAUGGAAACAACCGGAUCGACUUAAGGACACGUCUCGCCUUAAAACCAAAAACUGUAGGAUGCCUUUUUUUGUUUUGCGUUUGCACCUUUUAAUGAUUUGCAAAACUAAAUAUCCACCAGAGAGAGGAUUCCAACACUAUGGGUCAGUGACCUGGAAUGUGUGGGUUUUUUUUUGCUUUGCUGAGAUUGUAAUAUUAUUAUUUAUUGGCCUUCAGUGAUGAUUUGGGGGUUGUUUUUACUGAUGUAUCUUAAUUGUGUCCUCUUCUGUCAAAGACUUAUUUAAGUUUUAGGAAUCACCACAUUUGCAGCAUGAAUAUUUAAUAAGAGUUCACAGGCAACUCUUCGGAGAACUGCUGUUCAGAAUUAUUAAUGCCUGGAAUUGUGAUUUAAAUGGAUUAAGCAAAUAUGAAAAUGCGCUGGAAAUGUAUUCACCCUCAGGCACAUUCUCCAAGAUGUAGUUGGUUUUUAUUUAUUUAUUUUUAAUCUUCAGUAGAACAUUAAACACUAUUUUAUCUAAAACGGUGGCUUUCGUCAGUCAUAAAAUGGAAAUUAAUUAUUCUUUGCACUAAAAACACACAUAGCCAAAACAGAAUUCUCUCAUUGAGGUCGUAUUCUUCCCAAGGUUUUUAAUUAUUAAAGUUAAUAUUAUAUAAACACAAUUCAGUUUCCUGCACAAAUGAAUUUCAAUUUACUUCAUCGUUUGAUGCAUCUUUAGGAGACACCGGUAAUUUCUUUUGCCUGGAUGCAUUACGAUUGACUCUCAAAGCAUUUUGAAUCACAAAAGAUGAUUGAUUCAUAUUCAAAAAAGAAAUAAAUAAUCACUACAUUUUUGAUGGCCUGAGUAUGAGUAAGUUACCAGCAAAUUUCAAUCAUUUUCUUAAACUGUCUUUAAGGAUUUUACUUAAACGGUGCAAAACAGUGUUGAAAAGUGGAAUGUUUUAACAAAGUGAUUUAUUUAUUUGUUUUCCUUUUCUUCACUGAGAGUGUGGGAUUUUUAAUUUGGAUGCUGUUGCUCAGAUCUGCACUUAAGGCACAAACACCAGACCAAGUAAUGUUUCAGCAAAGCUGUACAGUCAUAGCAAAGCUGUUCCCAUGUUUCACCUGGUUUUGUAAACCAUCACUGUGAACAAGGUGCUCCUUAAGUUUACUUUUAACGCUUUUAUUGAAAUAAAAUACUUCUUUUUUUCCCUCCUCAGACCAUCUAUCCCUCAUGCAAAUGUUUAAAUUGACAUUUCAGCCAACGCCACUCAUUUAAUUGAUCCAGUGCCUUUUCCAAGCAAGAUCUGAUAAUGUGCUAAACAUAACCGUGACACAAAGCCUUGCUAAAAGCACUUUACAUUUAUGUAACUCAAAAAUGUACAAGAACUUCUAGUACAUACAUUUUCAUUCAGCACUUGAUACAUUUACAAUUAAAACUAAAGUCUUAGAGUAAUUCAUAUUUGGUCAGCACAAUGCUCACAUUUUAGGCCUUGUGUAAAUCUGUACAGUUAAGUCAUUUAGCAAUAAUGUAGCGGAGCAUCUCUUUACUAUGCUGACCUAUUAAUAUGAUGCCAAAUACAGCAUCUUGAGUUCAGAGUUCAUGCUUUUUGCCUUUUUUCUUUGAAACUGUGGCCAUUUGACUACCUUAAUUAGGCACCAGCAAUUGAUGUAGUGGAAUAAAAGUGUUUCAUAAUUGCUAUUAUUUCCACCCUGUGCAUCCUUAUUAGAUUUAUCAUCAAAAUAGCUUUUCUCUGGAUGUAGGUCACAUAUAUAUCCUCAAAGAAAAUAAUGAAUUCAUUUCUGCAUGACUGGAUUUCUGUUUGCAUGGAUCAGGACUGAAUGGUGAUGUGCAGACCAACUCUGGAUAUUUCCAGGAUUUUUAGCAGCACAUUGGGAUUUUUUUGGGGUCUGCAUGGUGCGACAGGAGUCUCUACAUCUAAUUUUUAUUUUUAUUUUGUUUGGAGACGAGCUGGAUUUCAAUGCCUCCGUUGUGCAGCAAAUGUUGAAGGUACUCUCAUUGGUUACCUGUAACUCGUGUAUCAGUUUUGUGUUUUAUUGUUGAGAAAUUAAUAAACUUGUUCAAACUGG